AUGGCGGUGACGCAGACAGACUCUAUAGAGGACGAGUUUCAACAGGGCUUGCAGGAGGUGGGGGAGAUGAGGGACAAAUACGAACGCCUGCUAGCAGUCGUGGCGGACGCACAGGAGAGAGCAGCAGGUGCGCUCUUGGGUGGACCCCAGCCCCACCGCAUGCUCACAUCCCUCGCUGCAUCCCCCCCCCCCCCCUCUCCCCUCAUUACCGCAUGCGUGCCACCGCCACUCGCUCCUUCGCCAUCCACUUUGCACGCCCCGCCACCCUACCUCUCAUCCCGCCCCUCUCUUUCCCCCCUGCGCGCAUCAGAGUGUGCGGAGGCGCUGCACCAGCUGGCGGCGGUGGUGGCGGACGCCUUUGGCGGAGUGGAGGAGGGCGGCGCUGGGGACACCCUCCUGGCCGCCGCCGCUGUCGAUGGCCGCUUAGCUGAGUUUCUCUACUUCCAUAUGAGCUGCUCUACUUCCAUCUUGCACUUGCAGCAGACACUGGCGGAGCCGGCAGAGGCGCUGCCGGGGGAGAUGCAGCACGUGGUGGUGAGAUGCAGCAGGAAUGAGCGAUAG